AUGCCGCCCGCCAUGCCGCAAACCCCUCACAAGGAUGACCUCGAAGAAACGUGGUCGUUUCUGGAGGCGGGGAUCAACAGUGUGAUGCUGAAGCUGGAGGAGGGUGUUGAUAUGAAAACUUACAUGGCUCUUUAUACGGCUGUGCACAACUUUUGCACUUCUCAAAAAGCUGUUGCCAGCAACCAAGGCUUACAAGCCCACCGGGGAGCACACCUUUUGGGCGAGGAACUCUAUAAGCUGCUCGGGGAGUAUCUUUCCCGCCAUCUGAGUGUAGUUUUCAAGGAGUCUCAAGGCCACGCCGAAGAAGCCCUCCUGGGCUUUUACAUCCGCGAAUGGACCCGCUUCACGACCGCCGCCAAAUACGUUAACCACCUGUUCAGCUAUCUCAAUCGUCACUGGGUCAAGCGUGAGAUUGAUGAGGGCAAGAAGAACGUUUACGACGUGUACACUCUGCAUCUGGUCAAAUGGAAGGAUGACUUUUUUGAGAAGGUUCAUGGGAAGGUGAUGGACGCAGUUCUGAACUUGAUUGAGAAGCAGCGGAACGGAGAAACCAUUGAGCAGUCGCAGAUUAAGAGCAUCGUCGACUCGUUCGUGUCAUUGGGUCUGGACGAAAACGACAGUAAGAAGUCCACGCUGGAGGUCUACCGACAAUACUUCCAGCGACCUUUCAUCGAUGCUACCAGGACAUACUAUGAGAAUGAAUCACGCCAGUUCGUCGCAGAAAACAGUGUCGUGGAAUACAUGAAGAAGGCAGAGGCUCGGCUGGAUGAGGAGAAAGCCCGGGUCGGCCUGUAUCUCCACCCAGAUGUCGCCAAGAGCCUUACAGAGACAUGUCUGGAUGUUUUGGUUACAGCCCACUCUACCUUGCUUCGCGAUGAGUUCCAGAUCCUGCUAGACAACGAGCGCCAGGAAGAUUUGGCUCGGAUGUACCGACUGCUUUCGCGCAUCAAGGAGGGCCUGGAUCCCCUGCGCACUACCUUUGAAAACCACGUGAGACGUGCUGGUUUGGCUGCAGUGGAGAAGGUGGCUUCAGAGGGCGACCAUUUCGAACCCAAGUUGUAUGUGGAUGCCCUUCUUCAGGUUCACACCCGGUACCAGAACUUGGUCGAUGACGCUUUCAACGGCGAGUCCGAGUUCGUGCGUUCUCUUGACAAUGCCUGCCGUGAAUUUGUCAACCGCAACCGCAUUUGCAAGGCCACUACGACCAAAUCUCCCGAACUGUUGGCACGGUAUACCGACUCACUGCUCAAGAAGGGCUCCAAGGCCGCCGAGGAGUCCGAGCUCGAGGAGAUGCUGGUCCAGAUCAUGACUGUCUUCAAGUACAUCGAGGAUAAGGACGUCUUCCAAAAGUUCUACUCCAAGAUGUUGGCCAAGCGUCUGGUGCACGUUAGCUCCGUGUCCGAUGAUGCGGAGACCAGCAUGAUCAGCAAGCUCAAGGAAGCUUGUGGUUUCGAAUAUACCAACAAGUUGCAGCGCAUGUUUCAGGAUAUCCAAAUUUCCAAGGAUCUCAAUGCCAGCUACAAGGAUUAUCAAGACAAGGUCCUUGACGACGAUGACCGCAAACGCAUGGUUGAUGCCCACUUCCAGAUUCUGGGUACUGGAUUUUGGCCUCUCAACCCCCCCACAUCUGACUUCGCCGCCCCGGUGGAAAUCAACAAGACUGCCGAACGCUUCCAGAAAUUUUACUUUGACAAGCAUAACGGGCGCAAACUGACAUGGCUGUGGCAGCUGUGCAAGGGCGAAGUCAAGGCUAACUACAUCAAAAACACCAAGGUUCCCUAUACCUUCCAGGUGUCUACCUACCAGAUGGGCAUCCUGCUGCUGUUCAACGAGACUGACACCUUGUCCUACUCUGACAUCCAAAAAGCCACCACUCUGGUCCCGGAAAUCCUUGACCCUAACCUCAGCAUUCUUCUGAAAGCCAAGGUGCUUCUUGCCAGCCCUGAAGGCGCCAAACCCGAGCCUUCCACCACCUUUUCUCUGAACUAUAACUUCAAAAACAAGAAGAUCAAGGUCAAUCUCAACAUCCAGAUCAAGUCGGAGCAGAAGGUAGAAUCAGAUGAUACACACAAAACUAUAGAGGAGGAUCGGAAGCUGCUGCUCCAGUCCGCCAUCGUUCGCAUCAUGAAAUCUCGCAAGAAGAUGAAGCAUGUGCAGCUCGUGAAUGAAGUCAUCCAGCAGGUCAAGUCGCGUUUCCCACCCAAGGUCCCAGAUAUCAAGAAGAACAUCGAGGCCCUGAUGGAGAAGGACUACAUCGAGCGACUUGACGGGGACGAGAUUUCUUACAUUGCUUAA